AUGGCUUAAAAAAGAAAAGACUCUUCACUGGCUCAGUAACUUGAGCAGUUUUUCCUUUACACCAAGUUAAAUGAGAAUGACACUAAAACCCUCAGAAAAGCAUAAACUAAUAAAGAGGAGCGCAGAGUCCUGUCGAAUAUAUUCAAUCUAUAAACUAUCCCAUCCCCCUUUAAUCAAAACAGAGUGAAUAAAAUAGAUGUUUUACUGCUUGACUUUCACUACAUCAAUUAUGAAUUCUGCAAGGAAAACUACUUUUCAAAUGAGAAGGUAUCUACCCUCCUGGCGAUUAUGGAUUUUAUCUUCCACUACAUGCUAGAUAAGCAGAUUAUCCCAGAAACUGGCUAUAAAAUCCUCAAACAAAUACUGGAUAAGCACUCUCUUCAAAGGCCACCGUUCUCAAUACUGAUAUUUGAGCAGCAAGACAUUCAGAAGAUCCUGCAGUUCACGAUUAAGACAUUCUUCAGACACUUCAGUCUCUAUGAAUCUGCUUUUAAACCAAGAAUGGAAUUGGUUUUAAAGUUCGAGCCAUUUAUUAAUGAUCAGUACAAUGCUGAACAACGAAAACUUGAGGAUAUGGUUCUGGUAGACAAUGAUGACGCUGAGAAACUUAAAGUAUACCUCAAUAUAUUCAGUCAACAACUAGACGGCAUGGCCGCUGAUUCAGAUCCUUUACACUCAGGACCAUUAGUUAGUGACAGGCAACAUGUUGGUUCCACAAGACAAAGCUAACUUGCAAAUGAAGAAGAUCUGAAUGAAUAGUUAGACUAGGAGGUGCAAAUUAAUUGGAAGAAAGUAGGAAAACCUUAUACAGGUAACGAUGAUAUUAUGAGUGUGUUGGAAAGAGAGAUGAGCAGACUAAAGACAGCUAUGGAAAUGAAGAUAGUCGCCCAGGAUGUUGAACUAGAGGAAAAAGUUAACAUUGCCAAGGGGAAGAAGAAGUGA